CCGGCUCCAGGCGGAUAGUGCAGUCAAUAUGGCGGCGCCCAUUCCAUCAAAACCUCACAUUUAGCGACAAGCACAAUUUCAGGUGAAUGAGAAAGGGCGCUUCGAACGUGUGGUAUAAUCGAUAUAACUAUCCUGAUGUCCAGACUGGUCGUAGUGUUUGGGGGUUCCCGUGGCAUCGGGCGAGCAGUUUCUCAGCGGUUAGCGCAGAGGGGUCAUAGGGUUGUGGUGCUGUCUAGGAAUCAGGAGGCUGCACAGGCUGCUGCUGAUACUCUACCUGGAGGACAGCAUUUGGGCCUUAGCUGUGAUGUCUCUAAAGAAGAGACAGUUCGGAGAACAUUUGAGACCAUCAGUAAGAGCUGCGGCACUGUGGGAUACUUGGUUAACGCAGCUGGCAUCAACAGAGAUGCAGUAUUAUUGAGGAGUAAAUCUGAAGACAUGGUAUCUGUUCUGCACACCAACCUGCUGGGCUCAAUGCUUACUUGUAAAGCUGCUCUACGAAGCAUGCUCGGCCACGGAGGAGCUAUUGUCAACAUAGGCUCUGUGGUGGGUGUGAAGGGUAAUGCUGGUCAAUGUGUGUACAGUGCUAGUAAAGCAGGACUGGAAGGAUUCACCCGCUCUCUGGCGAAGGAAGUUGCUACCCGAAAUAUACGAGUCAACUUAGUGGCUCCAGGAUUCAUUCGUACAAAUAUGACAGCAGGGCUGGAGAAUGAUGAAGCUGUUAGGAGAAUUCCACUGGGUCGAUUUGGGGAACCUGCAGAGGUGGCCCAGGCUGUUGUUUUCCUCCUGGAGUCACCUUAUAUCACAGGGCAAAUUCUGCUAGUGGACGGAGGACUGCAGCUGGCCAUGUAAUGACUCUUAGGCCACAUCCACACAUGAAUCCAGUUGAAUGAAAACUUACUGAGUUUUAAAGAGUUUAUGCUUCUCUUCCAUACUGGACCAGAGUUUUUCUCAACUGAAAACUGUGACUCCUUGAAGUUCUCUCUCUCUCUCUCACACACACACACCCACACCCACAGCAUUGUGUAAGAGUAGUAUGGGCCCAGCUGGAUUGGAUUAAGGGAGGUGGAGGUUAUAUUUAGCUCAUUGGAUUGUGGUUACGGCUUCACGUUCUAUAUUUAGGAUGACAGAGGUCACAGGUCAAUGUGUGGAGGAUAUGAUUCACUUUCUGAUAUCAUAGUUCUAUUCUGUAUUUACAUCAGCAAUGUGUUGGUGCCCUUAUAGAUGAGCUAAACCCCAAAGGGCAAGCCAGAUUAAUAAAAUCAUUUUUUUAUCAUUAACCUAAUUCUGUAUAGAGAAAAGUAAUUAAGAUAGACUAAGUAAGAUCUGGCCUUCUCACCAUCAUGAAAAGCUUAUUUAGCUUAAUUGACUAAUUGAGCACUUGGACUCAACCCAGACUUCAUACUUUCAGAGAUGUUUAUUUAUGUUACUAUUCAUAAACCAAAACAGAAUGAGUACAGUCCAUAUACAGGCACAGAUUGGCAUGGAAAACAGAAAAUAUUUUGCAGAAUAAGAGCCCCUUAUUGUCUCUUUUGUCUAUUUCAAGGAUAAAAUGGCUGUGUAAGAAAGAACAUAUGUAAUAAAAGGCUUAUACAUAUAUAUUUCUGUUAUAUUGUUUAUAUAUGCUGCAAACGUCAGUGUGUGUAUGAGAUGAAGUUAUAGAAUUACCCAAAAAGUAUUUUAUAUUCAAUAUAAUGAUAAAAGCAAAUGUUGUGAGAACAGUAUCUGAAAGUUUGUGUGAAUGAGAUACAGAAAAUACUGGUUCUUUCUAAACUAUUUUCUGAGAGGAAUAAGUCACAAUCAACUGUAAAUACUCAAAAGGAGAUAGUUCACCCAUAAAAAAAAAUAAAAAAUAAAAAUAAUUGUCAUCAUUUAUUCACCCUCAUGCGGUUCCAAACCAGUAUACCUUUCUUGUUUGGAGCACAAAGAGAUAUGUUAGGCAAAAUAUUAUCCUUAGUCAGCAUUCACUUUCAUUGCAUCUUUUUUCCAAUGCAAUUAAAGUUAAAUGGUGACUGAAGCUAACAUUCUGCCUAAAUCAUUCCAUCAGAAAGAUGAAAAAAAUCAUACAGGUUUGGAACAACAAAAGGGUGAGCAAAUGGGUAAACUACACCUUUUACAAAUCGUUGCCAUCAAUGUCACAUUUUGAGUGCAAGUUUUUGCAUGUUUCUGUAAUUCCAAACCUGAAAACUGCAGCCUACUUGUCAAAGUAUUACCAUCUAUUCAUUCCAUGCACAACCAUUCUCAUUAAAAUCAUUCUGAAUCAAUCAUACGUGUAUAAACAUCUUAUCUUCAUCAAUAACCAGCAGUUCCUCUUUCUUUGCACAGCCCACAAACC